GUGAAAAUAGCUUCUCUCCCUGCUGGCAAUUCGGAGUGGUCUGAGCACUGGGUCAAGAGCUGGAGUGAGGAUUGGCAGCCAAAAUCCCAGAAAUUUGAGCUAACUUCUGGUUCAAGGUACUACCUGGAAGCGCUGCAUCACGGAAAGACACCCAGCAAUGGGAUGAGAGUUGGAGUCCAGAUACAUAACACGUGGCUGAAUCCUCACGUGGUGAACAACUACCACAUUGAGAGACAGGAAAUUCGGGCUCGUGCGUUGCAACUUCCGAACGUGCAGAUGUUGACUGUGUCUGGCACAGGGUGUUUCAGUGUCUCCUGGAAUAACAUAUUACACAGAAUUAUCCCCACAAACGCUACGGCUCACCAGGUGCAAACAGCAAUAGAGGAACUCCUUUCAAUAGGAUGUGAAACUGAGCCAGCUUCUGCUAAAAUCCUUUUCCGUGGUGGCUUUGAGAAAGAAGAUAUGAAGGACAUCAUUAUCGCGGAACAUGUUGUCAGUGGUACAGAGCCUUUCUGUGGGAGGUUCAGUGCUCACAGACCAAGCCAGCUGGUGAAAACUUCCCCAUCGACUCUACCAAGAUAUGAUCUUAGUGAAUACACACAUGUGUGUUUUGCACAUAAAGGCCAUAUGAGCAAUAUCCUUCGUAUCUUGGUGUCCUACACCAACGUUUCUUUAUGCCCAGUGAAGAGGAACAUCACCUGCCUGUGCGAUUUCAAUGAAACUGACUCUAAAAGCUGGAGGUUUACAUGCACUGACCUGUGGGAAGAGUGUGUGAAUCGCUCCGUGCUUCUCCGGGACCUCCCUGCCCAUUCCCCCGUGUUUGUGCAUCAGAUUGACUUGCUGGGUCCUGAGCCGCAGAAGGAAACACUUGGGUCAUUUUACCUUGAUGAAGUCGUCAUCACAGACAGAGCUGUGACAGUUUCUCAGAGGCAUCCCAGACCACCUGGACCAGGUGGGCCGAUAAUUGAAGCAGUGUCUGUGGUGGGGUCUUCUCCCACUUACAAUGUGUCCUGGAUGGUGUCUGGCUGUGGUGCCAGUCUGCCCCUUCUCUCUCUAAGAGGUGCCUUGCUUGGGGAAGGCUCUAGGGAGUAUGGCCACCUCUACGUCUCCACAGAGGAUGUGAGAGUCAGCCUCACCAUUCAGACGGUGCAAAAGUCAUCUCCACCUCUUGGAGGGACCUUCCGCAUCCACUUGGCCAAUACAGUAAUAUCAGGUGUUUCAGCGCACAUCUCCUCUCACCAUCUCCACAAGCUUUUGCAAGAAAAAAGUGAUCAUUCUACAGCCCCGUACUUCAACACCAGUGACUUCAUCGUGACUAAAGACUCAACCUCUUGCUAUGAAAACAUCUGGACGCUGACUUGGAAAACAAAAACAGGGGACUUGCCCAAUGUUAUCAAUGUCUCUGCUGAAAACCUCACUGGUCUGAAGGCAACUGUUUCUAGUCGUGUGGUUUAUGAUGGGGGUGUGUUUAUUGGACCAAUAUUUGGGGACAUGCUUGCUACCUUCAAUAAUAAAACACAGGUGGUGGUGGUGGUAAAUGAUGUCCUUGCAAACUGUUCUGGUUCGUGUUCUUUCCAGUUCAGCCAGGAAUUGACACCUUUAGUCAGCGAUGUGGAGUAUUUGUCAGAUGAUGGGUCCCAGGCCACAGUAGUUAUCAGGGGAGCUGGCUUCACCGAGGAGAAGCCAGCCUUGCAGGUGGAGGUGAACAACAUGACCUGCCGUGUUGUGAUGUCGAAUCAAACCCGAGUGGUCUGCCAGAUGGAGAGGCUGCCAGUGGGAGUCUACUGGUUAAUGUUACUGGUGAGACCUUACGGCUUCGCACUCAAUGCCAGCACAGGAGAAGGCGUCUUCCUAAGAGUUGAGCCAAAGCUGGUAGCUGUUGAACCUCCUACAGCUUCAGAGAUUGGAGGACUGAAAGUGGCUCUCAGGGGGACCAAUCUGGAAGGGGUAAACUUGGUGUUGUUUGGAUCUCUGCCUUGCCCAAUUUUGGAGGAUGACCGAAAUUCAACAAGAAUUGAAUGUAAAGUUCCCUCUCGGGGGACAGGAGAUGCUGCUGUCCAUGUGACACUAAUUUCUGGGUACCAGUCAACAAGGGUAUCCAACUUGUUCCAGUAUGAUCCUUCCUUAAACCCUACUAUUGUGUCACUGAGCAGAAACAGAAGUGGCAUAGCAGGGGGGCAGGAGCUUCAGAUUGGAAUAUCCCAGUUUUCCAGCUACCGUGGGUCAGAUAUCAAGGUCCAAAUUGGGGGCUCGUGGGCACAGAUCCAGGUGCAGACGGACCAUGGUGUUAAUGUGAUACUUCCACCGUUGGCUGAGGGAUGGUACAAUGUUUCUGUCAUCAUCAACGGCAUUGCUGUCUCUUCAAGCAGAGUUGAGCCGUUAAUCCAGUAUGUCUCAGAGAUCUUCAGCAUAGAGCCGUGUUGUGGCUCCUUUCUGGGUGGAACACUGCUCACAAUCUCUGGGGUGGGCUUUAGCCAAAAUCCUGCCCUGGUUUCUGUUUCAAUGAACAGGAAAACUUGUAUGGUUACCCACCUGACAGAAGAGGCAAUUUGGUGCCUGACGCCUCCAGCUACUAAUUUGUCUAAUGAAGAUUCACAAGACAUCUCUGUAGGAAUAAGUGUGGUCAUCAGCAGUAGGUCAUUUAAACAUACUGUUUUUGCAAAAAACAUGACCAUGUUUAAUUACCAAAGAGCUUUGACUCCUCUAAUUACUGUUGUUGAAAUGGAAAUCACAGAUAGCAACCUCCUCUUGAACAUCCAGGGAAUAAACAUCACUGGAUCUGUGGCUAAGCUUGGUCACAGUGAAUGUGAACUCCAGUUUCAACGUGACAAUGAGUCUGCAAUGUUUUAUCGGUGUUCUUUGCCACUGAAUGGCCUGGAACCUGGGAUUUUCCCCAUUCAGGUUAUUCAGAGACAGCUAGGAUAUGCUCGUGUGACAGCAGGGAUGCAGGCCCUUACGAUAACUCCACGGAUAACCUCCAUAUUCCCAUCACAAGGGUCAAUCUGUGGUGGAAUGUUACUCACUAUAUCUGGUAUUGCAUUAAAGUCCAGGAGGAAUUUGGUACAGGUCAGCCUGGAGGGUAAUUAUUCCUGUGGUAUCCAGAACUCUGAGAAUGAUGCCAUCAGUUGUAUUGUCUUUCCAAGGGCCCAUCCUUUGCAUUACCAGUGGUUGGCUGAGGCAUCUUGGGCUCUCAACGUCACAGUGACUGUCAAUGGGAUGAGCAGUGUCUGCCUUGGAGACUGUACACUCCACCUUCGUGAGCAGUGGACCCCUCUUGUAGAUUUGGUCACCUGGGAGACCAAUGGGACAUUCACCUACGUGAUGAUCAAAGGACAGAGGUUGGCAUGGCCAAGUGACAGCCCUGUGGUACACCUGAAUAACCAGGCUGUCUGCAAGGUAACGUUUUGGAAUGAGACCAGCAUCAAGUGCCAGACGGACUGCUUUGCCCCAGGAGAGCACAACAUUUCCAUAUCUAACAGGAAAAGUGGGCAAGCUUGCUUCAGAAAGGCAUCCAGUGUUCUCACCAUCCCGCCUCAGGUGCACCAGUUUUACCCACAGAACUUCAGUACCCAUGGUGGAGGCUUGCUCACCUUAACAGGCUCUGCACUGAAAGGAAAGAGAAAUACUUCUGUUCUCAUAGAUCAUCACCCUUGCCUUGUUCUCAGUGUCACCUGCAUUGCUAUCCAGUGCACGGUGCCUCCGGGUAACGGGACUAAGGCUCUGAGUCUAAAAGUAGAUGGCAUCUCCUAUUACCUUGGAAGAAUAAGUUACAACAGGGAGUCUACCCCAGCUUUCCUUUCGCUUGUUGCAACUGGUCUCCUUUUAACAAUGACCGUGUCACGGGUCACAGAAAUGGACACCAUCUACGUAUUUGUCGGAGACUUUGCUUGUAGCGGCAUCACCAUCGCUCGCUCCACCUUGCAGUGCUCAGCUCCUUUGCUCCCUGUCGGCGAGUACCGCGUGCUGGGCCGGGAAGUGCCCAGGGGUUGGGCUUCCUCCAACCUGACGUUCACCGCUCCGCUGACGGUGACAGCUGUGCGUCGCAACUGGGGUGGCUUGAAUGGAGGAGCAGUUUACCUGCAUGGAACUGGGUUUUCCCCAGGGAAGACUUUGGUCACAAUCUGCGGCACCCCCUGUGAAAUGUUGGGCAACACGACGAUGACUGACCUGAGAUGCCUUGCCCCACGCUUACAAGCAUCAUUGGCCAUUCUCUGUGGCCUGACACAUUCUUCUGUUGACUGCCAAGAAGACAGAGCCACCUUCAUUGAAUGUGAUGUCCAGGUCACGGUGGGUUCCUAUCGCCAGAGAGGAUCUAUGUCUUACCUGUACGUCUGUGAGGACAGCCCACCUCAGCGUCACUGGAGGGACAUCUACCCACCCCAGAGGCAUUUUGCUGGACUCUUUGCCAGCCCUAAAGUGGAAAGAGAUGAAGUUCUCAUCUAUAAUAGCUCCUGUAACAUUACCAUGGAAACUGAGGCAGAGAUGGAGUGUGAGGGAGCUAAUCAGCCAAUUACCGCCAAGAUUACUGAGAUAUGGAAAAACUGGGGCCAGAACACUCAG